AUGCAGUCUUCUAACAUUAUUAAUAAGAAAACAUUACGAGCACUCAACAAUACCUACAUUGUCAAAGUUAAUUCUGGAUAUCGUAUACCCAUAAAGUACUCGGAACAAAAUAAGAAUAAACUACAAACAUGUUUCAAAGUAUAUAGAUGUCAACUUAAUAUUAAAGAAGAGAGCUGUUGCUGCUCUUGUAAUUCGGACGCUAUGUUUGAAGUUAUGAAAAGUUUAUACGAUUGUUACAAAAAGAAAAAUUGUGAUAACUGCAAUUGUAUUCUCUGUGGUCAUAUGCCUCGUGAAGAAAGGAAGGCCGGUGAAAUUAGAAAAUCAACUGCAGCGAUGGAAACGCUAAGUACAAAACAGAAAAAAAAGGAAUUAGGCAAAAAAACCAAAGCAGCAGUAGAAGCGAUGGAGGGAAAAUCACCACAAGAGAAAGAAAAAAUACUAAAGGAGCUAGCUGCCACUGGAGCUCCACUUCCCGAAGGAAAAACAAAAUCAGAAAAAGAACUAAUAAAGAAAGUUCGAACGGCACUCGGUUUACCACAAGUUCCAACAGAACCUGCUGAAAAAGAUAAGUUCCUAAAAGCUGAAGCUGCAGGGCUAGUUGCUCCUUUAGAAGGUAAAACUCCAGCUCAAAAAGAAGCAAUUCUUCAACAGCAAGCUGAUUUAGGCUUGCCACUUCCAGAAGGAAGAACGGCCUCUGAAAAAGCUCUCAUAAAAAAAGUUAAAACUGGAACAGCUGUGCGUGUACCAUCAGAAAAAAUUCGAAAAGCAAAAGCAGCUGGAUUAUUUACACCGUUGGCAGGAAAAACUCCUGAACAAAAGGAAAAAAUACUAAAAGGUUUAGCGACACACGGAAUUCCUCUACCCGAACCAAAGACAACGUCAGAGAGAAAGCUGAAUGACAAAGUCCGCAAGGACUUAGGUCUUCCUCCUGAACCUAAAAAUGAUAAAGAAAGAGAAAAAUACAAUAACGCUAUGAACACAGGUGUUAUAACACCUUUAGAAGGGAAAACCCAAGCUCAGAAAGAGGCCAUUCUAAAAAAACAAGCCGAAAUGGGUUUACCUUUACCAGAAGGGAGAACUCCAUCAGAAAAAGCAUUAAUCGCAAAUAUUAAGGCCACAUCAAAACCAACUCCUUCUAUAGUCCGUAUUCCUUCUGAAAAAUUACGGAAAGCAAAAGCAGCUGGUCUUAUUACGCCACUGGAAGGAAAAACACCCGCACAAAAAGAGAAAAUUUUAAAAGGUUUGGCAGAAAAUGGAAUUCCCUUGCCUGAAGGCAAGACAUCAUCUGAAAAAAAAUUAAUAGACAAAGUCAGAAAAGAUAUGGGCCUUCCACCGGAACCAAAAACAUCUGAUGCUAAACGAAAAUAUGCAAAGGCGCAAAAUGCCGGAAUAAUUACUCCAUUGCAAGGUAAAACCCCUGCUCAGAAGGAAGAUAUUCUCAGAAAACAAGCCGAAAUGGGUAUACCUUUACCAGAAGGACGAACUCCGUCAGAAAAAGCAUUGAUAGCAAAGGUUAAGGCCACCGCAAAACCUGUCCCGUCAGCACCAUCAGCGGCUGCAAUCCCUUCAGAAAAAUUACGUAAAGCAAAAGCCGCCGGUCUUAUUACACCACUGGAAGGAAAAACACCAGCACAAAAAGAGAAAAUUUUAAGAGGUUUGGCAGAAAAUGGAAUUCCCUUGCCUGAAGGCAAGACACCAUCCGAUAAGAAAUUAAUUGACAAAGUAAGAAAAGACAUGGGCCUUCCGCCAGAACCAAAAACAUCUGAUUCUAAAAAGAAAUAUGCGAAAGCGCAAAACGCCGGUAUAAUAACUCCAUUACAAGGUAAAACCCCUACUCAGAAGGAAGAUAUUCUGCGGAAACAAGCCGAAAUGGGUAUAGCUUUACCAGAAGGCAGAACUCCAUCAGAAAAAGCAUUGAUAGCAAAGGUUAAGGCCACCGCAAAACCUGUCCCGUCAGCACCAUCAGCGGUUGCAAUCCCUUCAGAAAAAUUACGUAAAGCAAAAGCCGCCGGUCUUAUUACACCACUGGAAGGAAAAACACCAGCACAAAAAGAGAAAAUUUUAAGAGGUUUGGCAGAAAAUGGAAUUCCCUUGCCUGAAGGCAAGACACCAUCCGAUAAGAAAUUAAUUGACAAAGUAAGAAAAGACAUGGGCCUUCCGCCAGAACCAAAAACAUCUGAUGCUAAAAAGAAAUAUGCGAAAGCGCAAAACGCCGGUAUAAUAACUCCAUUACAGGGUAAAACCCCUGCGCAGAAGGAAGAUAUUCUGCGCAAACAAGCGGAAAUGGGUAUAGCUUUACCAGAAGGCAGAACUCCAUCAGAAAAAGCAUUGAUUGCAAAGGUUAAAGCCACCGCAAAACCUGUCCCGUCAAAACCAUCAGCGGUUGCAAUCCCUUCAGAAAAAUUACGUAAAGCAAAAGCCGCCGGUCUUAUUACACCACUGGAAGGAAAAACACCAGCACAAAAAGAGAAAAUUUUAAGAGGUUUGGCAGAAAAUGGAAUUCCCUUGCCUGAAGGCAAGACACCAUCUGAAAAAAAAUUAAUAGACAAAGUCAGAAAAGAUAUGGGCCUUCCACCGGAACCAAAAACAUCUAAUGCUAAAAGAAAAUAUGCAAAGGCGCAAAAUGCCGGAAUAAUUACUCCAUUGCAAGGUAAAACCCCUGCUCAGAAGGAAGAUAUUCUCAGAAAACAAGCCGAAAUGGGUAUACCUUUGCCAGAAGGACGAACACCAUCAGAAAAGGCUCUAAUCGCUAAAGUAAAAGCUACAGCGAAACCUGUUCCUUCCGUAGUUCCAGUCCCUUCAGAAAAGUUACGAAAAGCUAAAGCAGCUGGAUUUAUUACACCAUUAGAAGGAAAAACACCAGCUCAAAAAGAGAAAAUUCUUAGAGGAUUAGCAGAAAACGGGAUCCCUUUACCAGAAGGCAAAACGGCAUCCGAAAAAAAAUUGAUCGACAAAGUUCGAAAAGAUAUGGGCCUUCCACCAGAACCAAAAACAUCCGAUGUAAAAAGAAAAUAUGCAAAAGCGCAAAAGGCCGGGAUUAUUACCCCGUUGCAAGGAAAAACCCCAGCUCAAAAAGAAGCUAUACUGCGAAAACAAGCCGAAAUUGGAGUACCUUUGCCAGAAGGAAGAACUCCAUCAGAAAAAGCUCUGAUUGCUAAAGUUAAAGCCACCACGAAACCUGUUCCGUCCGUAGUUGCCAUUCCUUCUGAAAAAUUACGCAAAGCAAAAGCCGCCGGUCUUAUAACGCCUCUUGAAGGGAAAACGCCAGCGCAAAAAGAGAAAAUUUUAAAAGGUUUAGCUCAACACGGUAUUCCCUUGCCUGAAGGCAAGACAGAAUCUGAAAAGAAAUUAAUUGAUAAGGUUCGAAAGGAUAUGGGUCUUCCGCCAGAACCAAAAACAGCCAGUGCCAAAAGGAAAUACAAUAAAGCGCAAGCUGCUGGUAUAUUAACUCCUCUUGAAGGUAAAUCUCCCGCUCAAAAAGAAGCGAUUUUGCGAAAGCAGGCUGAAAUGGGUUUACCAUUACCAGAAGGUCGUACACCAUCUGAAAAGGCUUUAAUUGCCAAUAUAAAGGCAACAGCGGUCCCAACUCCAUCAGCUGUUUCUAUACCUUCAGAAAAACUACGAAAAGCGCAAGCUGCUGGUUUGAUGACCCCGCUAACAGGAAAAACACCUGCUCAAAGAGAAAAAAUUUUGAAGGGCUUAGCUCAACAAGGCCUUCCAUUGCCUGAGGGAAAAACACCGUCUGAAAAAAAAAUUAUAGAAAAGGUUAGACAAGAUAUCGGAUUACCUCCUGAACCAAAAACAUCUGCACAAAAAGUUAAGUACGCCAAAGCUCAAGAUGCUGGGUUGAUAAUACCAUUAGAAGGCAAAUCACCAGCAGAGAAGGAAAAAAUCUUACGAGCACAAGCUGAAAUGGGUUUACAAUUACCCGAAGGCCGAACUCCGUCAGAAAAAGCAUUAAUAGCUAACAUAAAAGCUACCGCAAAACCCAAACCCUCCUUAGUCCCAAUCCCAUCUGAAAAGCUACGCAAAGCUAAGGCAGCUGGUCUAAUAACUCCUCUAGCAGGAAAAACUCCAGCUCAGAAAGAGAAAAUUUUAAAGGGUCUUGCUGCUCAUGGUAUACCUUUACCCGAGGGGAAAACAGCAUCUGAAAAAAAAUUGAUUGAUAAAGUUCGAAAGGAUAUUGGCCUACCACCUGAGCCAAAAACUUCACGAGAAAAACAGAAAUAUAAUAAAGCAUUUGCUGCUGGAAUCGUCACACCCUUAGAAGGUAAGACGCCAGCUCAGAAGGAAGCAAUUUUACGAAAACAAGCGGAAAUGGGUUUGCCUUUGCCAGAAGGUCGAACCCCCUCGGAAAAAAAAUUAAUUGACAAUAUAAAAGCUACUACGUCGCCUGUUCCAUCUGCAGCAGCCAUACCUAGUGAAGCAGUUCGGAAGACCCCAGAGCAAAGAGAAAAAAUAUUAAAAGAAGGAAAAUCUCCAGCUGACAAAGAAAAAAUUCUUCGACGUCAAGCUGAAAUGGGUAUACCACUGCCUGAAGGACGAACUCCAUCAGAAAAAGCAAUGAUAGCAAAUAUAAAAGCUACAGCUAAACCCGUCCCAUCAGCGGUCCCAAUUCCAUCCGAAAAAUUGCGUAAAGCUAAAGCCGCAGGUUUAAUAACACCUCUCGAAGGAAAAUCUCCAGCCCAGAAGGAAAAAAUUUUAAAAGGACUCGCAGCCCAUGGUAUACCAUUACCAGAAGGAAAAACUGCAUCAGAAAAAAAAUUGAUUGAUAAAGUUCGGAAAGAUAUGGGUCUUCCACCGGAACCGAAAACAUCCGACGCUAAACGGAAGUUUAAUAAAGCACAAGCCGCUGGAUUAAUAACUCCUUUAGAAGGCAAAUCACCGGCUCAGAAAGAAAAGAUUCUUCGGGGUCAAGCAGAAAUAGGUUUACCUCUCCCGGAAGGUCGAACUCCGUCAGAAAAAGCUCUGAUUGAUAAUAUCAGAGCCACAACAAAACCUGCGCCAUCUGUAUUUAAAGUACCUUCUGAAAAAUUACGCAAAGCUAAAGCAGCUGGUGUUCUCACACCCUUAGAAGGAAAAACUCCAGCUCAGAAAGAGAAAAUAUUAAAAGGAUUGGCUGAACAUGGAAUACCACUUCCUGAAGGUCGGACUCCAUCAGAAAAAGCCUUAAUUGAAAAGGUCAAAGCCACAACAAAACCAGUACCUUCUGUAGCUCCAGUUCCUUCUGAAAAACUACGCAAAGCGAAAGCAGCUGGUGUUCUCACACCCUUAGAAGGAAAAACUCCAGCUCAGAAAGAGAAAAUAUUAAAAGGAUUAGCUGAACAUGGAAUACCACUUCCUGAAGCGAAAACUGCAUCUGAAAAGAAAUUGAUUGACAAAGUCAGGAAGGACAUGGGUCUUCCCCCAGAACCAAAAACAUCCGAUGCUAAACGAAAAUAUAAUAAAGCACAAACUGCUGGAUUAAUAACGCCAUUACAAGGAAAAUCACCAGCAGAAAAAGAAAAAAUUCUUCGUGGUCAAGCAGAAAUGGGUUUGCCCCUGCCUGAAGGUCGGACUCCAUCAGAAAAAGCCUUAAUUGAAAAGGUCAAAGCCACAACAAAACCAGUACCUUCCGUAGCUCCAGUUCCUUCUGAAAAACUACGCAAAGCGAAAGCAGCAGGUGUACUCACACCUUUAGAAGGCAAAACUCCAGCUCAAAAAGAGAAAAUUUUGAAAGGUUUAGCGGAACAUGGAAUACCACUUCCUGAAGGUAAAACUGCAUCCGAAAAGAAAUUGAUUGAAAAAGUCCGGCAGGACAUGGGUCUUCCACCUGAACCAAAAGCAUCCGAUGCUAAACGAAAUUACAAUAAAGCUCAAGCCGCCGGAUUGAUAACGCCAUUACAAGGGAAAACCCCGGCGGAAAAAGAAAGAAUUCUUCGUGGCCAAGCAGAAAUGGGUUUACCUUUACCAGAAGGUCGAACAAAAUCAGAAAAAGCACUAAUUGCUAAGAUAAAAGCUACCACUGCACCCCCGGCUGCAGCAGGUAAAGAAGUAGGACCGCCUCCUUUACCGCCUAAAAAAGCAACAAAAUUGGAUAAAAAAACCGCCAAGAAUAUUAAAGAAGGAACAGGUCCCGUUGACGAAUGUAUUUGUCCACUUUUGACGCCAAUGUCUGAAAGAGACGUUAAGAAAGAGGAAAAAAAGAAAGAAGAAAAGGUCAAACCAGUUUCAUCUCAAAAAUUACGUAAAGCAAAAGCCGCAGGCUUAAUUACCCCCUUAGAAGGAAAAACUCCCGCUCAGAAAGAAAAAAUUUUGAAAGGUCUUGCACAACACGGCAUACCUUUGCCGGAGGGAAAAACAGCAUCCGAAAAAAAGCUUGUUGAUAAAGUUCGGAAAGACAUGGGCCUUCCACCAGAACCGAAAACAUCAUCUGAUAAACAAAAAUAUGAUAAAGCAUACGCAGCUGGAAUAAUGACCCCUUUAGAAGGCAAAGCUCCAGCAGCCAAGGAAGCUAUAUUACGCAAACAAGCUGAAAUGGGUAUUCCAUUGCCAGAAGGCCGAACACCAUCGGAGAAAGCUUUGAUCGAUAAGGUGAGAGCAACUACUAAAGCCAAACCCUCUGUAGGAGUAAUUCCAUCUGAAAAAUUGCGCAAAGCUAAAGCUGAGGGUUUGCUUACACCAUUGGCAGGUAAAACUCCACAGCAAAAAGAAAAAAUAUUAAAAGGUUUGGCAAAAUCAGGAAUGCCUCUUCCUGAAGGUAAAACCCCUUCAGAAAAAGAAUUAGUAAAAAAAAUAAGAACAGAGAUGGGUUUACCACCAGAACCAAAAACAUCGGCCGACAGAGCAAAAUUAGACAAAGCCCAUGCACAAGGACUUAUAACGCCACUUGAAGGAAAGACUCCAGCCCAGAAAGAGAAAGCAUUAAAAAGCAUGAUAGAUGCAGGCGUAGCUCUGCCGGAAGGCAGGACUCCAUCAGAAAAAGCUUUAAUUGAAAAAGUCAAAUCAAAAUAUCCAACUCCAUCUGUGGUACCAAUUUCUUCAGCAAAAUUGCGGAAAGCUAAAGCAGCGGGCCUAUUAACACCAUUAAAAGGAAAAACACCAGCCGAAAAAGAAAGAAUUUUGAGAGGCUUAGCAGAAGCAGGGCUUCCAGUCCCAAAAGGUGAAACACCAUCAGAAAAAGCAUUAGCAAAAAAAAUUACUCGUGAAUAUGGAAUUCCUCCCGAAGCAAAAACACCAUCAGAAAAAGAAAUUGUACGGAAAGCAAGAGCUGAAGGCCUAUUAACGCCAUUAGCUGGAAAAACCCCGGCAGAAAAAGAGAAAAUUUUAAAAGGAUUAGCGGAUGCUGGAUUGCCUAUGCCUGAAGGAGCUACUGCAUCCGAAAAGGAACUAGUAAAAAAAGUUAGAGCAGCUUCUGGACUUCCACCAGAGCUUACGCCUUCAGAAAAGUUGGGCAAAAUAAAAACAAAAUCAAAAGGUGUUGCUGUUGGAGAAAGAAAAGCUAGUAAAAGAGCUGGUAUUUCGGAACAGUUUCAAGAUAUUCUUAAAACCACAAAAUGUGACCGAGCGUGUGGGUGUGAUCGAAAGAAAAUUAGAUUCAAACACAGUUAUGUGAAAAUAAGAGUAACUUCACCUGAUAUUUCAUCCUUAUGUCCAUGUCCUGAUGAAUGUGUCCCCGGUGUAAAAGGUGGAGUUUUUGUAGACAAUGAAGGUAUCAAAGUUACCGUUGGGAGAGCGACUGGAGUGCCGUCAUUUCUUAACAUCAAUAAAAAUGUUGAAGACACAUUUCAAAGCAUAUUUAUUAGCAAUAGAGCAAAUAAGUUUAACUCUGAUAUUUACACUGAUGUGGACCAGGAUAAAGAGACCAACGAAAAUGUUUUAGAACUUAUUUUUAAUAAUAAUAAAAAUGAAAAUUCGGAUACUAUUGUAAGAUACGCUAAUUAUUCGACUAGUGGUUCGGAGACAAUUUUCGAUGAAACCUCGACAUCCUCCACGAGUUCUUCAGAUUGCUAUGAACCCAAUAAUUGUAAUGGAAUUGAGAUUAAUGCAAAGGACAUGUCUAGUAGUUCCAAAUGUUACUUGGUUGAGAGUAUUUCUACUUAUAACUCAAAAAUGAAAUUGUCAAAGGAAUCAUCCGAAAAUCUAGAGUCGUCGUCCUUAUUGAGUAUACACUCUGUACUUUUGAUAAAAACGGAAUCUUCCUUAAGUCUGUCAACUAAUUCAAAAUUGAGUGAAGAUAUACAUACAAUAAGCGUUAUAUCAUUUAUAGAUAGCAACUUUUCAGAAGAAUCAUGUAAUAUGUACAGUGAUAUUUACGACAAGUCAUCAGUAACUACUCAGUUUGAGUACUCUGACUACGUUGUAAAUUACGAGACGAAUGACCUGAGAUACCCCGAUUGUUCUGAAUAUUCGAUGGAUGACAGAUUCAAGAAAAUGUGUUUGAAUACGGAUGUACCUAUUUACAAUUUUUCCGAAACCAAAUAUCGAACUACCGAAACCAUUGUUCAUAAAAUAGAUUCUGUCAUUGUAAUAAGUAAUCUAAACAGGGAUAAAGAUGUGAUAAAUGUUGUUGAUAAAAUACUUGAAAGUAAACCUUUGUCAGAUUCAUCCAUUUUCAUAGUUGUGUCCACAACUGACUUUGAUUCAGAUACGUCUUCUGAUAGUAACUCAUCAAUUUGUAUCCAACUCUCCCGCAAUAUAUCCCAAUGGAUGGUCAAAAGUAAAGGUCUGAACGUAGACAUUAAAGGUUUUCAACAAAAUGCUGGAUACCCGCAAACUCCCGGACACCAGCAUAGUCCCGAGCGCAAGCAGAAUCACGGACGCCCGCAAAAUAUCGGUUACAACAACAUAAAUCAAACUAUAGGAACACAAGCAACGGAAUUGUACACUGUACCACAGUCGGCAUCUGGAUACAACUUUAAUAGAUGCACACCGUGUGUUACUCCCCCUACUCCCUGUACAGUUAAACGACCAGAACCACCUCAAUGUGAAGGAUGUAAAACACCUAUUAAUAUUACAAAAAUUGAUGAUCCUAUAAAUAUCAAACAACCUAAACCAAAGAAAGAAGAGAAAAAGAAAGGAAAUAUUAAAAAGGAGAAGACCAUGCCUGGUGUUGACAAGGGUUGCCAGUGUUCCCCUGAUUUGUUAAAAAAAAUGUUCGAUCAAAUGAUGAGUGAAAUGCAGAAGGCAAUUUGUAAUGCUGACAAAGCUUUAAGUGAAAUGCCAUGUUCUAAGAAUGUACAAAAAAAUAAAAAGAAGGAAACAAAAGAAAUUAAAUGCAGUGACCAGAUUUGCCAAAUAACUCCACCACAUUCACCAGUUAAUAUUGGUGUUGGUCCAAGUACGUCUCAAAGUGGUUCAGAUUCCAAAGAAAAAUGUUCAUGCGAUAAAAAAACUCGUAAAAAGAAGUACAAAGAAUACAUGAAAAAGCAGAAAAAAGAAAUGAAAGAGCAGAAACGUAGAGAGAAAAUUAAAAAACGAAACACAUGUUUAUGUCCUCCGGAGGAGGAAGAUUUUUUAGAAGACGAUCGCAGUCAGGACUUCGAGUGGAUAGAUCUGAAAAAAAUUAGACAAUUGAAAUCUGAACAGACACAGGUGAUGUCAGGUUUUAACAUAGGUUUUAGGAAAAAACCGAAGCAAAUGGAGGGAAAUUUGUUUGGAGAUAGUUUUGAAGAUGCUUUGGACUACUAUGAAUUGUUCCCAACUCCUGAAGAUAUAGAAAGAAAGAUGCUAGAAGAGCGCAAAGUUUGCCCUUGUGACGAACCAGUGAUAGACAAAUGCGUUUGUCCUGCAGAAAAACCGCCUGACACACCGCCACCAGGUCCAUUAUUUUUAACGGAAUCGGAAGAAGAAGAUUUGGAACUUAAUCCUGAAGGAGGGUUUAAAUUUGCACUAACUGGUAAAGGUUCCCAUGCGAAAGGUCUAGGCAGCCUCUGCUGUCCUGAGUUGAUGAAAAAAAUAAGUAAAAAUCGCGAUUAA